CGUCUCCAGUUUCGCGUGUCAAUUAACAAGUAACGCGAAGCUAGGUAACUUAGUAACUUACAUAGUACAUCUUUUUUCACAAUAUUUGAACUUCUUCAACCCCUCGAUCCACGAUCCACGGUUCACGAUCCACAUUGGCCACCACAAUUCACAUAAUUCAACUCAUACACCACAUUCAAUCUUAAUACCGAAGAUAUAUCAAGGCACAAAUACAAAAAUUAUCUAGGCUAAGAUACCUAGUAAUCAGUGCAAAACAUGGAUCGCCAAUCCGUAUAUUCAGUUUCGGUGUUCCAGUCCAAUCAAGGACCCAACGAAGAUACCCGACUACAAGUACAAGAACAGCUAGUCACAUUCAUCCUCCAAUUCAGACAUGACAAUAUAUUUGUCUAUCGAGAUCAACUAAGAGAGAACGCACUUCUCAAGAAUUACUAUUGCGAUGUCAAUAUUACAGAUUUAAUCAAGUACAAUGAGGAACUUGCGCAUCGACUAGUGACAGAACCAGCCGAGUUGAUUCCUCUGUUUGAAGGGGCACUGAAGAAAUGUACACACCGAAUCGUUUUCCCUCACGAGCCCAAGACCGUCGUUCCCGAACACCAGCUUCUACUCCACUCCACCGCCGAAGAUGUUUCCAUCCGCAAUCUAGAUUCCGAGACGAUCGCGAGACUCGUGAGGGUACCCGGAAUCGUCAUCGGCGCCUCAGUCAUGUCUUCUAAAGCCACAGAGUUACAUGUCCAAUGUCGAAAUUGUUUACACUCCCAGAUGAUUCCCAUUUUUGGUGGAUUCACCGGUGUUACUCUCCCGCGCACCUGUGGUCGUCAAAGGGCUGCAAACGACCCGACAGAAAAGUGUCCACUCGACCCCUACUUCAUCAUUCACGAGAAGUCCAAAUUCGUGGACCAACAGAUCAUCAAACUACAAGAGGCCCCUGAUCAGGUGCCUGUCGGAGAACUUCCGCGUCACGUUCUCAUCUCUGCAGACCGAUACCUAACGAACAGGGUUGUGCCGGGGUCAAGGUGCACAAUCAUGGGCAUCUUCUCCAUCUACCAAAACAAGGCUUCUAAAAACUCAUCCAAUGGCGGCGCAGUGGCUAUCAGAACGCCUUAUCUAAGAGCAGUGGGUAUCCAGACGGAUAUGGAUGCUACGGCAAAAGGUUCCUCUAUCUUCUCUGAAGACGAGGAGCAAGAAUUUAUGGAGCUUAGUAGGAGACCUGAUAUCUACAAUAUCAUGGCCGACUGCAUUGCUCCAUCUAUCUAUGGUAACCAAGACAUCAAGAAGGCCAUAUUGUGUCUGCUACUUGGAGGCUCCAAGAAGAUUUUGCCCGACGGCAUGAAGCUAAGGGGUGACAUCAAUGUCCUUCUUCUCGGUGAUCCGGGUACGGCCAAGUCACAACUGCUGAAAUUCGUGGAAAAGGCUGCUCCCAUCUCCAUCUAUACCUCCGGAAAGGGCUCAUCCGCUGCUGGUUUAACGGCCUCAGUCCAAAGAGACCAUUCAACAAGAGAAUUCUACUUGGAGGGAGGCGCGAUGGUGUUGGCCGAUGGGGGUGUAGUAUGUAUUGAUGAGUUCGACAAGAUGCGAGACGAAGAUCGAGUCGCAAUCCACGAAGCUAUGGAACAGCAGACGAUCUCGAUUGCUAAAGCAGGCAUAACUACGAUCCUCAAUGCACGGACAUCGGUCCUCGCUGCUGCCAAUCCCAUAUUCGGUCGAUACGACGACAUGAAGACACCGGGAGAGAAUAUUGAUUUUCAGACCACCAUUCUAUCUCGAUUCGAUAUGAUCUUCAUUGUCAAAGAUGAACACACCAGAGACAAGGACGAGCGGAUCGCCAAGCACGUCAUGGGCAUUCACAUGGGUGGCCGCGGCCUAGAAGAACAAGUCGAGGGCGAGGUUCCCGUGGAAAAGAUGAGACGGUAUAUUAGUUACUGUAAAUCACGCUGUGCCCCACGCCUCUCACCUGAAGCUUCCGAGAAACUAUCGUCUCACUUCGUCUCCAUCCGAAAGCAAGUACACGCAUCAGAACUCGAAGCCAAUGCGCGAUCUAGCAUCCCAAUCACAGUCCGACAACUCGAAGCCAUCGUCCGUAUCACCGAGGCCCUUGCCAAGCUAACCCUGUCUCCCAUCGCCACCGAGCGCCACGUCGACGAGGCCAUCCGCCUCUUCCUAUGUUCCACCAUGGACGCCGUGACCCAAGGCACAACGAACCAGGGCAGCCGCGAGCUCAACGAGGAGGUCGCGCGCGUGGAGACAGAACUGCGACGGCGGCUGCCGAUCGGCUGGAGCACCAGUCUCGCCACCCUCAGACGCGAGAUGGUCGAGGGCCGCGGGUUCAGCGAGCAGAGCCUCAAUCGCGCGCUUAUGCUCAUGCAGAGGAAAGAUACGAUUAUGUUCCGUAACCAGGGCGCGCAGGUUUAUAGGAAUGGUGCUUAAUUUACUAGGUACCUCAAGGUUAGGUGCCAAAGGUUACCGUAAUAUCGAUAAGGGGCACGAGACAAGAUGCAUGACAUGACGAUAGGGUUGGUUCGACGAGGAUAUAUGUAAUGCUCUCAUGAUGAGGUAUCUACCCUACCUACCCUAGGCGCCAAAGUAGAUAUGAUGCUUCGUUUUUUUUUUUUUUUUUUGGCUGGGAGUUCAGGUUUAGGCAUUGCGAUGUGAUGGGCAGGCACAUUACGUGCCUACAGACAGA